ACUCAAGCUUUGGCUUCACUAUACAAACAAACACAUACUCCUUCAAACUUCAACUUCUCCCAAUUCAGUGACCAACAAACACCAAUUAUUCUUCUUCUUCACUUAGAAUUUGAAGUGAAGAAAAAAUGGCAAACUGCUUAACACAACUUCAGAUUCAGAAUUGCACAUCCAAAAAACCAAACAGAUUAUUCACAAACCUUUACCUUCUCACCUUUGCCACCUUCCUCUGCACCCUCUUCUACCUCCUUGGCCUCUGGCAACGCUACCCCUCCGCCGCCACCAUCUCCGCCGCCGGCUACACCUCCGCCGACUCCUCCCUCUGCUUACCCAACACCACCGCCACCGCCACCGCCGCAUCAUUCACCAACCUCGAUUUCUCCGCCCACCACCUCCUCCCAGACCCCCCGCCCACCGUGGCGCGUGGACCUCACCUCCCUCCCUGCAACCCUUCCUUCUCCGAGUACACACCCUGUGAAGAUCAGAAGAGGUCGCUGAGGUUCCCUAGGGGGAGACUCGUUUACCGGGAGAGGCAUUGUCCGGCGCCGGAGGAGAUUCUCCGGUGCCGGAUUCCGGCUCCGCAUGGGUACCGGUUGCCGUUGCGGUGGCCGGCGAGUCGUGACUCGGCUUGGUUCGCGAACGUGCCGCAUAAGUGGUUGACUGUGGAGAAGAAGACCCAGAAUUGGGUUCGGUUCGAAGGGCAACGGUUCAGAUUCCCCGGCGGUGGAACCAUGUUUCCACGUGGCGCUAAUGCGUACAUUGAUGACAUUGGGAAGCUUAUCAAUCUAAGAGAUGGCUCUAUCCGAACCGCUAUUGACACCGGUUGUGGGGUUGCAAGCUUUGGAGCUUACCUUUUGUCCCGUGACAUUUUAACAGUGUCAUUUGCACCCAAAGAUUCUCAUGAAGCUCAGGUUCAAUUUGCUCUUGAACGAGGUGUUCCUGCAUUGAUUGGAAUUCUUGCCACAAUUAGGCUUCCUUACCCUUCAAGAGCCUUUGACAUGGCUCACUGCUCACGUUGCCUCAUUCCUUGGGGCCAGCAUGAUGGGAUUUACUUGACCGAAGUUGAUAGAGUUCUACGUCCCGGUGGUUAUUGGAUUCUCUCUGGGCCACCAAUAAACUAUCCUAAACACUGGAGAGGCUGGGAAAGAACACGUGAUAGUCUCAAAGAUGAACAAGAUGCAAUUGAGGAUGUGGCGCAGAGUCUGUGCUGGAAAAAAUUGAUACAAAAAGAUGACAUUGCAAUAUGGCAGAAGCCCACCAAUCAUAUGCAUUGCAAGAUCAAGCGAAAGGUCUUCAAGAAUAGGAGAUCCUUCUGUGAGGCACAGGAUCCAGACACAGCAUGGUACACUAAAUUGGAUACCUGCUUGACCCCACUGCCUGAGGUAAAUGAUGUCAAAGAAGUUAGUGGUGGGAAACUGUCUAAUUGGCCUGAGAGACUAACUUCAAUUCCUCCAAGGAUUAGAAGUAAAAGUUUGGAAGGAAUAACAGCUGAGAUGUUCAAAGAAAAUACCCAAUUAUGGAAAAAGAGAGUGUCAUUCUACAAGACCCUGGACCAUCAGCUAGCAGAGCGUGGGAGAUAUAGAAAUCUUCUUGAUAUGAAUUCUUACUUGGGAGGCUUUGCAGCUGCACUAGUCCAUGAUCCACUGUGGGUCAUGAACAUUGUUCCUGUUGAGGCUGAAAUCAACACCCUUGGUGUUAUAUAUGAACGUGGAUUGAUUGGAACCUAUCAGAACUGGUGUGAAGCCAUGUCCACUUACCCUCGAACUUAUGACUUCAUACAUGGUGAUUCAGUUUUUAGCCUCUAUCAGAACAGAUGUAAUAUUGUGGACAUUCUUCUAGAGAUGGACCGGAUUUUGCGGCCACAAGGAAGUGUCAUUUUGAGAGAUGAUGUGGAUGUGUUGACUAAGGUUAAGAGCAUUGCAGAUGAAAUGCAAUGGGAAGCCAAAAUUACCGACCAUGAAGAGGGACCUUAUCAGAGACAAAAGAUAUUGGUAGCAGUUAAACAGUACUGGACAGCCCCACCAUCAGAUCAAAACCAAAACAAGUGAAAAUUAUGGCCCCAUUUUUUGGUUGGUGCAAAGUGAAAUUUUCUAUUUUUCUUUUAUUGUCAAUUUUCUUAGGAGUUCAAUUCUUUCAAACCCCAAUUUUUUGGGUGGAGCAAAGUGACAUUUUCUUUAUAAAUUAUGGCCCCUGAAAAUUUUGAGGCACAGUCUUCAAAUUUUAAUAUAGUGGGAUAGCUUGUAAAUUGAUAGAACACGAACUGGUAACUAUUAAAUAUCAGCUGUGAUGUUUUCCCAUGUCCUCAGUGUAGAAAGUUUGUUCAAAGAAAUUAUGGGCCACAUUACCAUAAGAUGGCUCUAUGUCCUUAAAUAAACUAAACGUCUGACAUCUUUAAUGUUUGAUUACUUAUGUUCCCUUAUUCAGAAGCUAUUAAAUAUCUUACUGUC